UCGGCCGCGACUAUAAACCGGCGAGGAAGGUGCGCGCUCUCAAGAUCCCUCAAUAUACAAACACCGUGGUUCUGUUUGCUGUAUUCCACGCCAUGACUAAAAUUUGUCGGAAGAGUAGGAGUGCAGUAGCAGUGACAGGUCAAACGGCUAACAGCGAGAUUACUUAAUAUUCGCUCGAUACGAGACGAGGAUUUCCUUCAUCACGAAAACGCCUCGAAUUUUCUCUUCGGCACUUGGUUUUUCUGUUUCGGGAAUUAUCGUUUCACCGCGGAAAUUCGGUGUUUUCAUCCGAAUAGCAGAACUUAAGGAGCAAGAGGAGAGCAAGCGCAGGGAAACUGAAAAGAAUGGAGGUUGAUGAAUGUUCAGCUGGGGGAGACAGUGGAGCAGAAGAAGAUGAAGAGGAUGGAUCUUCUCAUGGAUCCAGGAGCAAUAGCAGUAGCAGUAGCAUCAGUGGAAGUAGCACGUCCAGUGACAGUGGUGAUGAAAGUGGAGAAGAGCAUGGUUCUAGUGGUAGCGAAAGCCAUAGUUCUGGGGACGAUGAGGAAGAUGAAAAUGACAAUACAGAAUACUCUGUUAAAGCAGAGAGUCCAGAUACAUUGAAGUGGGAGACUUGCAUUGUUGCAAAUACCAAAGUAAAACUACCACAAGAUCUCUGUGAACACACUGUAAUUUUUAAAGAGUUUUUGGAUUAUCCUUAUAUAUGGAAUGAAUGCCUAACCGAGAAUCAGAGAGAGACUCUCUGUAACCUGUUACCUACGUUCCCAAAGGAUUGUGAUGUAGAAUUAGAAACAGAGAAGACUUUGCGCAUGUUGUUUGAUAAUGAGAAUCAAAGAUUCGGCGUGGCACCGUUAGAAGCGUUCCACAGUCAUUUGUCUGCCGGACAUUACCGACCAGACAUCAGAAGAAUGUGCAGCUUGGUCCGCAAAGCGCAACAGAGAAGAUUGUUAUUCGAAGAACGGAAACGGUCGUACGAACUAGCGAGCCAGCUGUUAAAAUCUAGGGAGAGUUUACUGUCGAACGCGUACAAGCAAGGCUUUUGUCAGCCAGCGCAGAGGACAAUGUCGAAGAUCCACUGGAGGAAGCCGAAACCUGCAAUGGUUGAAGAGAAGACACAACUGCGCUAUUUGGAGGAACUGAAUGCGCUGAGGACCGAGCUCGGAGCGAUUGCGAAGCUAGCGGCUGACACCACGUCUGAGAAUGAGGAGAAUUAUCCGUACUAUCAGCUCUUCGGGGCAAAGCAGAAGAAGAAGAGGCGAUCCCUCAUGGGCGCACAAGGCCUGUCCAUCAGAGGCCUACAAAUGAAUCAUGAUGACGAGACAAUCCGACCUGUGUUCUCCACGCUGCAACGGGCCGAGUUCCCAAUGAACAGGUCGUUCUUCAUUCGGGAACAGACUGAGGAAAUUUACCGUGAGAUGCUGCUCGAGCACAAGAAGCGUCGGGCACGCCGCGACAUUCACCCGGAGCUGAACACUCAGGGUAUCGCACUGGCAGACCUAACUCAGAGAGCACAAAUUGGCCAGAAGCACAAAUUGUCCCUCGGACCAUCAAUGCGAAUGACACCCGCAAAGAAACGAAUCAAAUUGGAACAAUCUUCGCUUUGUCCACCCGCGCCAAGAUUAAUUAACUCGAACUCCAUAAAACAUGAGAGCGACAAUAGCGAUUAUUCUCACACGACUGACGAUAAUAGGCAUUCCAGUGUAUUGGAUAUGGAACACAGAAUGUUGACACCGAUUAAAUCGGAGCCUGUGGAUGCGUACGAAGUGCAUCAGAUGUCGAAAAAGAAAAUGAGUCCACCUACAUCGAAAGGCAGCAAGUCAUCCAUAAUGUCGACGCCAGAAAUUAAGAAAGAAGUUGAGGACAUGGAAUACGAGGAUAUUAAAACGGAGCUGAGUAGUGGAAUGAAUGAGGAGAUGCCCACCGAGAUGGAGGAAGACGAAGAGAAUGAUAAGAAGGAGCUUGAUUUAGACAGUAUCGAUAUGAUGCAGAUACCUAUCCAACUCGACGAUGGAAUUGACAUAUUAGACGAUGUGAAAUGCGAAGACGAAGGUGUUAUGUCGAUAUCAGGCAAGGAAUUGAAUGUUCCGACGAGCGAUGAAGCUAUAGAUAUCAACAGCGGAGCAGAAUUGAUGCAGGAAACACAUGCUUGUUUCUUCUCGCUUCUGAGGGACGCUUUCACUUCGAAGGGCGAGUUUAGAAUGAGCGGCAUCGAGAUGAAAGAUGCUGUCACUCUGUGGCAAGGAAAUCCUAUUUCACCGUUGAACGACUGGUACUCUAUGGCGUCAUCUUGGACUGCACUGGUUCCAUUAGCCUUGGGCUUUCUCGCAGGAGAGUAUAUUUACUCUCAAGAUGUGAGCGACCGUCAGGAACGCGAACCAGAGCUUGUACCCUACCUAGAAAACAAAGGAAACGGAGUUUACGCGUGGAUUGGUGCUGGCCGAGAUUCAGACUCACGGUUAUCGGAUCUGUGUGCGAAAUUUUUAAUGCACAAGGAUUCAUUGGGUCCGCCAACGUCUACUGCUGCUACUUGCUCCGUGGUAACCGUGAAGCAACAACCCCAAGUAGCUCAGCUUAAUUGCAAUCAUAUUAACAAUAAUUCCGGCAACGGAAAUACUACAGUAAACGUUAGAGCUAAUAGUCCUGCAAUAGAGUCGAUCAACGUUGAUGGGGGAUCCAUCAACACAGUGGCUGAAUGGGAACCACCGCGGGCCUUGUGGCCCACCGAAUGGAAAGUUCGAUCUUCCACCGCGGACGAACGUGAAGAAUUCAGGAGACAAGAGCGUAUGCGCUACGCUGCCCCACAUAAAGCAUUCACAUAUAGGAUGCACGGGUAUGCAUCCGUCGUAGGUCCUGUCAAAGGCAUUUAUCAGCAUAAUGUCGCUUCAGGAUUGACUAAGGCUCGCGGACACUCGUUACUGGUAGCUGACCGUCCAAACUUCGUGACGAUUCUAGCACUGGUCAGAGACGCCACUGCUAGGUUGCCUAACGGCGAAGGAACUCGAGCCGAUAUUUGUCAGCUACUGAAGGAUUCACAGUAUAUCAGAGAACAAACAGACAGCGACGACAAGGAAGGAUAUUUGCACUCAGUCGUGUCCGGUGCCUUGGACAGAUUGCACUAUGAAACGGACCCUUGCGUGCGAUACUAUCCGCGACGCAAGGAAUGGCUGUAUCUUCAUCGAGCACGUUCAGAAUCUGAAUUUGAAAUGUACCAUCAACAAUUGCAAGGAGUUGCAAAGAAUAAGAAGAACGUGGGCAGCAUGUCCCGGAACAAAGCUCUGCCUCUAGUAAUGAAGCCUACCAACAUCAACAAAGAGCAAUCUCCGAGCAACAGCAAAGAGUCUACGCCCAAGAAAGAAAGAAAAACUACAGCUAGUGCGCAACCAGUUAUUUCCAGGAAGGAGCAAAAGAAGAUCGAGGAGAAGACGGCCAACGAACAUUGCGUUUCCACCGAGCAGUCCAUUGUUACAAACGUGACGACGACAACAACUCCUGUAAUUAGUGCCGUAAGCGCUUCUGUCCCUGUCACGUCUCUUCCCAGUUCUUCUGCCUCGAUCAGUACCGUUACCGUUGAAAAGGAAAUUGCAACGAAUGAAGUGAAACCGCUGAUCACUACGACAGCUCCAGCUAAGAAGGUGGCCAACAUCGGAGGGAAACCGGUUGCUGUGGUCAAGACCAGCGCACAAAGUUUGCUGCAGUCUAACCAGCAACACUUUCCUCAUCAUCAGAUCCAAGUGUCCACUUCCGCUGGUCUGCAAACUAUCAGACUGUCGGGACACUCUGUGCUGCACUCCGCUCAGUCCGUUGCUGCGAGUAGCACCUCCAGCAAUUCCACCAACGUAAACACAAACUUGACUACUAUAUUCCCUCCUGCCAAGGUGCAGAACCAGCAGCAACAGCAACAACAGCCGCAGCAGCAACAGCAAUCGCAGACUAUCGUGGCGAACCAAGGAGGAAAGAGCAUUUUGCAGACUGCGAAUAUAAAGCAGCAACAAUCUCAGCAGCAGCACGUUCUACCCGGAAAGACUUUGCUAGCUUCUCAGAUCAAAUUAGUUAGUUCAGGACAGAUUAAGUCACUACUCACAGGUCACGGUCUCCAAGGUCAGACGAUAUUUAUCAAACAAUCAUCACCGUCUGGAAAUCAACCGCAGCAACUGCAACAGCAGCAGUUGAAGCAACAACAGCAACAGCAGCAGCAACCGCAGAUUCAGCAACGGGUUGUAACCAGUCAGCAACAAUCACUGCAAACGUCCGGUAUGCAGCGUAUAAUUGCUCAGAUUGGCGGGAAACCAAUCGCUGUACAGAUCCAACAAUCACCGCAUCAGCAACAGCAACAACAACAGCAAAAGAUAUUGGCCAAAGUCCUAACAAGUUCAGGAGGCGGUCAAUUAAUAUCCGUGGAGAGCCUUCUUGCCCAAAAGGGGCUAAAGCUGGCAACAACUGCCAGUCAUGCGAAUCAGCUUAACAGACAGGGGAAGCAAGUCAUGACUCAAUAUCAGGUUGUAUCACAGGCGCAAACGUCGUCGGGGCAAUCGAAAAUCAUUGUAAGCACUCAACAGUCCCAGCCACAACAAGGCCAGACAGUGCGAAUGGUCACAGCCCAGUUGGCUGGCAAACCAAUCGUCUUAGCCAGUGGCAAUAAAAAUGUCGGAGUCGGUGUAAGCAGCAGCGGAAGCGUGGUGCUCGGCAAGCAGCAAUCGUCACAGCAGCAAACGCAGCAACAACCGAUCAUCCUGCCGAGUCAACUGCUCAAUAUCAAGACCUUGCACGGCUUGAAGGUCAUACCAACGCCAGCAGGCCUGAAAACCACUGGCGCUGCGGUUUACGCGCGAGUGAUAGCGCCGACGACGAUAACCUCGACCCAAUCGACGGGAAACCAACAGCAACAAACGAUACAAGCACAACAGCAGCCAAGGAACAGUCCUUACAACACACCCUGACAGAAUUGAUACUCAUUCUUCUUUGUUUCAUUACAUAUUCUUUGUUUAGUUGAAUUGCGUGGGGUAAUUUCGGUAUUUGAAGAGGAACUAAAGCACGACACCCAUGUAAAAAGCAGUGUAAACGUAUAGGCAAUGUUCGUGCGUACAGUUUCCAAGGAAGCGAGAUUCUUCGAGAUCGUAACAUGACGUAGUAGCGAAGCCAACGCUAAAUAAGUACACACGUGGGUCAUUGACCUUGUUUUCUAUUAAGUGACGGAUUAUUUACAAAUGUAUGGUACGAUUUUUAAAUACAAAAACACCUUUCGUUCUUUAUCAUACUCACUUACACAUGCAGACACACAAACAUACCCGCAGGCAGGCAGACACACGCAACGUACACUUUCUCUCUUGUAUCAAGAAGAUUUUGCGGCGUCGUAUUGUAACGUAUAAAUAAACCUUACGUAAUUACCGUAGAAGAUUAAAUUAUUUUUACAAAGGC